AACAGUGAGCGCAGGCGCAGUAGGAAACACGUGCGUAGUGUGUGUAUUUAUCACAUCAUGGAGUUUGAGGGCUGCAGCUGCUUCAGACAGAGACUCGUGCUGUCCACACUGAGCGGAAAACGCGUGAAAAUCAAAAACAUCAGAUCUAAAGAUGACAACCCCGGCAUGCGAGAUUUUGAAGCGAGCUUCAUUCGGUUACUUGACAAGGUGACCAAUGGCACCAGAAUUGAAAUCAACCAAACAGGAACGAUGCUCUUCUAUCAGCCUGGGUUGCUGUAUGGAGGAUCUGUUGAACAUGAAUGUAAUCCCCAGCGGUCGGUGGGUUAUUAUCUGGAAGGUCUGCUGAUGUUGGCUCCCUUCAUGAAGAGUCCUCUCAAAGCUGUGUUAAAGGGAAUCACCAAUGACCCUACAGACCCAUCUGUUGAUCUUUUGAAGGUUACCGCUCUUCCUCUGAUGAAGAGGUUUGGUAUUGAUGGAGAUGGUCUAGAAAUAAAGGUGGUAAAGAGGGGCAUGGCUCCUAGCGGGGGUGGUGAGGUGCAUUUCUCCUGUCCGGUACGCAAAUCCCUGAAACCCGUGCAGCUGACAGAGCCCGGAAAAAUCAAGAGGAUCCGAGGAACAGCUGUGUCCGUGCGGGUUUCUCCUCAGAUAGCCAACAGGAUCGUGGACUCCGCUAGGAGCAUCUUAAAUAAAUUUAUCCCAGACAUUUAUAUCUACACAGAUCACAUGAAGGGGUUGAACUCUGGAAAGUCUCCGGGGUUUGGUCUGGUUCUUGUGGCAGAAACUCUGAAUGGUACGUUCCUCAGCGCCGAGGUCAUGUCCACACCACAAGGACAGGGUGAUCAGAUUCUGCCGGAGGAUUUGGGAAAGAAGUGUGCCAAACUGCUGCUGGAGGAGAUCUAUAGGGGUGGCUGUGUAGAUUCAACCAAUCAGAGUUUGGCGUUGUUAUACAUGACAUUAGGACAACAAGAUGUUUCCAAAUUUCUUCUAGGACCCCUUUCACCCUACACUAUAGAGUUUCUCAGACACAUCCGAGACUUCUUUCAGAUUAUGUUUAAAAUGGAACCACAGAAACCCGGAGAUGAUGAGCGAAUAGGAGGAGAGAAAGUUCUGAUGACGUGUGUUGGAGCCGGAUACAGCAACAUCAGCAAAACCCUUAAAUAAAAACAUCUUAUUACAAUAGAAGAAUGCUUUUUACUUCAUGUUUCUAUCAUUUUAGUAUUUGACUGAGGUGACAUUCCCAAAUAUUAUGUACAUUUCUGACAAAUGGCUGCUGAAAGUUAGUAUGUUGAAUUUUUUUUGAGUAACUAAGUUGAUUUUCAAAGUGAAAUCUGAACAAUAAAAGCAGUGUGCCCAUUUUUACUGAA